AUGUUCAUGCAUCUUCUGCUGCCCCUGGUAGCCGGCAUAUUGCAUAUCUGCAGUACGACGGUUUCGGCGAGCCCCCUUGGACAACACCCGGAACAGUCCGUCUUUGAUUAUGUCAUCGUUGGCAGUGGCCCCGGGGGCCUGACUCUAGCAAAUCGGCUUACAGAGAACCCAAAAGUGUCAGUGGCAGUCAUUGAGGCUGGUACAUGGGUCGAGGAUGUGGUGGGCAAUCUUAGCGCCGUGCCUGGCUAUGACGGCAAGUAUCUCCUCAAGAGCGUCAAUUCAAUUCCGACUGCAAUUGAUUGGAACUUCGUGACCACACCACAGGCUGGAAUCAAUGAUCUUGUCGUCCGCUACCCACGAGGAAAAGUGCUAGGAGGAAGCUCCAACCUCAAUGCCAUGGCUUGGGGUGAAUCGAGCCGCGGGGCCUUUUCCAAAUGGGCAGCCGAGGUUGGUGACAAGUCCUUCGCCUACGAAAACAUCGCCCAGUAUUACAAGAAGCCCGUGCGAUUCACGCCGUAUCGAGCCGGGACUCGUUUUGCCAACGCGACUCCAUCCUAUGAUCCCGCCGAGGUUGGCCACAGUGGGACUUUGGACGUGACAUUUCCCGCUUACGCGUACAGCUGGACAACAUGGCUGGCAGUUAUGCUUGAAGCCGCAGGCAUGCCGGCACAAAAUGCCUACAUUGACGGUUCCCUCAACGGAUCAGCGUGGCACGUGUCCGCAACUAACCAGACCACCGGGAAGCGGUCCUCUGCGGACACAGCAUACCUCCGUCCGGUACUGGGUCGGCGCAAUCUAGUCGUCUUUCAGAAGACGCUGGCGGAGCGGAUCCUGUUCAGUCACGGCAACGUGGCGACUGGGGUGCAGGUGAGCUCGGACAAUGCAACAUUUACCCUGCACGCGAGAAAAGAGGUCAUUGUUGCUGGUGGGGUAUUUCAAUCGCCACAAAUACUCCAGGUUUCUGGUGUUGGGCCAAGAAAGCUGCUCAAAAAGUACGGCAUCCCCGUCGUGGCGGACCGGCCAGGUGUGGGUCAGAACAUGCAGGAUCAGAUUUUCGCGGAUAUUGUCUACCGUGUCAAUCUUCCAACGGGGGAUACACUACGCAUUACAGAGGCCGAUAUCAUCGCGUUCAAUGCCAAUGCCACCGGGCCUCUUACUAACCCUGGGGGCGAGUAUGGCGGUUUCGAAGACAUCCCCGCGGGUUUACGAUCAGGGCUCUCUCAUGGGACAUUGAACAGCCUGGAGGCCUAUCCAUCGGACUGGCCGGACAUCCAGUACCUCACCCUCCCCAGAUUCCUGGGUGACCUGGGUACCACGCCUUCCCCAAACGAUGGAAACAACUACGCCAGCCUGAUGGGAAUAAUAAUGAAGCCACAAUCGACUGGCUCUGUGUCCAUUUCCUCGGCCAGCAUGCACGACCCACCUAUCAUCAACCCUAAUUGGAUGACGACGGACGCCGAUCUCGAAGUUAUGGUUGCCAUCUUCAAGCGGAUGCGGCAGCUGUGGCGGUCCCCGGCCAUGAAAAACAUCAUAAUCGGGGACGAGGUCUGGCCUGGAUCCAGCGUGGAAAGUGACGAGGAGAUCAUCGCGUUCCUACGAGAAACGGUGACGCCUAUGUCACAUGCAACUUCGACUUGUAAGAUGGGGAAGAGGAGUGACCCAUUAGCGGUCGUUGACAGUAAGGGAAGGGUGAUUGGAGUGAAGAACUUGCGUGUGAUCGACAGCUCUGCGAUGCCGUUCCUGCCGGCUGGUGGAGAGCCUCAGUCUGUCGUCUACAUGCUGGCCGAGAAAAUGGCGGACACGAUCAAGGCCGAGUGGUGA